AAAUAAAUUUCAUUAAAACGCAAAUCUUGUUAAAGUAGUCAGUCUAUUAUUUGAAUUAGUUUUGGAAUUGUUUGAAGUUGUAAUGCGAGCAGAGUGCUUAGCACUCCACGAGCUGCAACCGUGCCAAAUUCCCCAACUUUUGAAAAGGUCACGCAACAAUAAUAAGAUCUAUAAAUGUGAAUAUAUCCUAAAUUCCAAAAUAAUUUUUAUAUUGUUUAAUACUCGAAUCUAUAAACAAAGUAAUUGAUUUACAAAUUGUUCUUGAAACAUUGAUGUUUCAUAAUACAUAAUUUUUAUUAUUUACAUGAAACUUAAUGUUAAACAAUAAAUAAAUAUGUAUACUUUAUUAUUAAUAAACGUAUAUGUAUAUAUAUACAUGUGUUAUAAAAAUAAGAUUUUAAAAUGUAUUAAUUCCUGUUCAAUGUCCAUGCAACAAUUUUAUUGGUCUGUUUUGUAAUCUCUUAGCCAGUCAAAAAUAUGUUUCCUAGUAAACAUAAUACAAAAUAUAACGAAUUGUAUAUAAACAAUAUUGUUAUCAUCACAAUCAAGCUUUAACCUGAUACCCUAUGAUGAAGUGAUAUUAUUUAAUUCAAAUCGUGAUAGGAAAAUACAAUAGGAUUACUUUUACAAUGAGUUUAUAUGCUGAUAUUCAAAAAGUAACACAAAUACCUCAGACAGAUGAAAAUGUCGUAUUUGUACGUCGAAAAGAAUCUAAUACAGUUAAACGAAAUCCAAAAUUAAAGAAGUUUAAACCUCCACAGAAUGUAAAUUUGUAUGAUUAUGAUUGUAACGAUGGCCAACAUGAUGUACUUCAAGAGCGUAGCAUACAUGAAAAUGAAAUUGCAUCCUCCAUUAUAGAAGCCAAUUGUGGUGUUAACUAUUCAAAUGAAAAACUUGAGGAACAUUGGAAACUUAGACAAAUGAAAGCUAGUUUAAAAUCCAAAGAUUAUACUUUUAAGGAGAAUUUAAAGUCUGAUAAUUGUGAUUAUGAAAAUUCAACUACGGAAACUUAUAAUGGAAUUUCCAUGUUAGAAACUAGUGCUAAAGAUAAAAACAAUACUGAAAAUGUAGAAAGUGCUUUAAAAAAAUGUGGUCUUAAUAAAAAUGCAGUGAUUAAAGGGCUUUUAAAAAGUCACACAAUAUCAAUAAACGAUUUACAUGUACCAAAAGAUUGUACAAAUAUAAGACAAAGCAACAUUCAGAAUGAAAAUAUUCCUUCAUCAAGUAGUUUAAGUCAAGAAAACUGUAUGAAAUUAAUUCCAUUUCCAGAAGAUCCAGAGGUAUUAGUUCAAUCUUUACAAGUUCAUGGUCGUAUAGAUGAAAAUAAAUAUAAAAAUAUUGACUUUUCUGUAGCACACAUAGGUAAAAAAAAAGCAAUUACAGCACGACAAUUUUUUAUUAAUAUGAGUGAUAGUGAAUUUGAUUUUGUAAAACCACGUAAAAUGGACAAAAAAUAAUUUAAAUAAGUAAAAA